GGUUCCGCCCCCCCGUCCUGAGGUGCUUUUCCUAUCUUCUGUGCUAUCUCCAACAAAUCGAGUAAAGAGGAAGUUAUCUAACGAAUAUUCAGUGUGUGUUUGGUUGACCGACUGUCCAAUCACUGCAUUCUUUGACUCACCGUAUAAAGGCGCGUCUCCUACCCUUUGACACCCGCACACACCGCAUCCACCAGUCACGUGUAACGGUUUUUGUGUUCCGGAGAGGCCGUGUGUGGCAUCUUCGCUACUUCCACACUCACUCGCUCUUUUUGGCGUCACUUUUGCUUUCCACUACUCACUUGGUGGCUGCAGAAAAGCGCUUCGAAGACGAGAGCCGUGUGCUACUUGCGGUCGACCUCUCCGUCCGGAGUUCAUUUGAACCUUACACCCGUUGCGCGUCCGUAGGCCGGUGCAGUUCCUGUCUUCCGUGCAUUGUUCAGUCUUCAUGCAUUGCUCAAACGAGCACGAGAAACGAGGUAGCGGGAAUUGUACAGGUCCAUUGUAGCCAAUUCGUUACCUCUGUGUGACAGCGGCUUACACGGGGGAACGCGCUGACGCCUGGUUGUACGGCAUGUUCGUGUCGGCAGUGAUAUCCCUGUUUUCGCCACGAUCCUCACGAGCACUUCUGCGGCAGUCUUUUUGAGUCACAUGCAGUUCUACCGUUCAAUGAACGCACGAAUGACGCCACUGCCGUGCUGAUUAAUUGCUGCGGAUGGUGUCGAAUCAGACGGCGGCGGCCGAGGUCACCUUUUUGGAAAGGUAGUGCCAAACAAACGUAAUGUUUUAAUGCGGGUGAGGACUCAGGAAAGUCUGAUAAUUGUAUCUUACACGGUCCAGAACGUGAGACAAUGUUCGGCGGAGACAGAAGCGCCGCCGGAGGUGGUGGCAGCGGACGAAUAUACAUCGGAAGCUUACCCGGAGAGUAUACGGACAAAGAUGUGGAGCGCGAGUUCGAAAAGUUCGGAAAGAUCAUCAAACUUGAAUUCAAACGAACGGUGUCAGGUGCCGGGUACUGUUUCUUAGAGUACGCGGAUCCGCGGGACGCGAGAGACGCAAUUGCUCAGCUGCACGGUCGGCCGCCCCCAGGCAUGCGCGGCGCAGCGCCUCUGCGCGUGGAAAUUCCCCUAGCGCGUUCAAGCCGCCCUGAUGGUUUUGGGGAAGAAGCGUUGCCGCGAGGUCUGGCUGGUCGCCGCGGCCGUUUCGUGCUGGAAGUUCGGGGGCUCCCGCCGUCUGGAAGUUGGCAAGACCUGAAGGACCAUUUUCGGGGCAUUGGCGAUGUCGGUUUCGCAGAGGUCAGGAAGGAUCCGGAUGCGCCUGAUUCAGUCAUGGGGAAGGUGAGCUUCUUCUCGAAACGGGACAUGAUGGAGGCCAUAGAAGUGCUGGAUGGCAGCACUUUCAGGUCUCAUGAGGGGGAGAAAUCCAGAAUCAGCGUGCGCGAGAAGCGAGCGCCCGGAGGCCGUGGAGGACGCUCCGAUGACGCUCACGACGCAGCAGCUUAUGACACAGAUGCUCGCGGUGGCCGUAGGACCAAGUACGGCAGUCUUUAUGAAUCCAGCAAUGGAGGAUACUCCACAGGUGGCGCGGACGCGUACCGCAAUAGCAUCGAAAUGAUGGACCCCUCGAGCAGAGGUCGUUCCGGCGGCCCAGGUGCCGGAGGCUACUACGGACUUCAUCCCACUGGGAGCCCGUCGCCACCUCGCGGGCACGCCGCGUACACCGAAAACAACCGAAGGGGACGGAGCAGAAGCGGGGAACGAGGUCCACCAACCAGAGGUGCUUAUGGAGCCUAUGGUCCACCAGCUAGCUACUACGAUCGGAUCGGGACGAGUCCGCGCUGUCCUAGGCUCAGCAUGGAACGUGGAAGCAGGCGAUUCGACGACUGGACAGACAGAAGGCGAUGCUGAAGGAAAUGAAACAGACGGCUCCCAGUGAGGUUUGUGGCCGACCGCAGGGAGCUCCAGGAGAAACUUCGGGCGUCAUUCCUAAAUACGAAAAUGACGGAGCUUUUUGUACAGGGUGUGGCGAAAGCACAUUUCAUCCAAAUCGUGUCAUGACUGAUGUGUUAAAUCGUACAUGGUUUGUAGAGAGUUUCCUGCUAGUUACGUGGAAACCAGUUGGUCCGUGUGGUGCUCUUUCAGCUGUAACUAGUCAGUAUGAUUUCAUUACAAGCCAUACGGAAAGCCUGUCGACAUAUCUAACAAGCUGAGAUCGGUUAGCGUGCGUGAAUGCUGUGCAUCGUCUGUGUACUCCAAGCAGGGCAAACUUUGGUAACACAGAUUUCGAAGACGGCUUGGGUUGGAGGUACUAAGUAAUUGGCAGAGUUUUCGGUCUGUAUCGUAUCAGGCGAAAUAGGUGCCACUAAGCAAGCUAGUCCCUUCCCAUAUCUCGAUGAGAAUAUGCCUAUGUGAGUCGCAUACGCGAGUCGCAAAUUUAUGGUUAGACGACCAUAUGCGUGCUUAUGCAAAUCACUAUGUUAAGAAAUCUCAGAGCGUCUCCGUCUCUGACAUUUAUUCUAAAGCUCAUGCAGCUUUUGGACGGCUGGUCAGUAUGUACGGCGUCUGGAAAAACCAUUUCGACAGCCUGGGGCACGUGAAAUGACACUGGUUGUCCACGACGCUGACAGCCUUUGUCGCACUUCACCAUAUCUCGUUACUCCUCUGACAAGCACUUCUCCAGCACUGAGGCAGCCUCAAUACGCGAGCAACAGAUUCAUGUACACCUCGGCCGCUGCUAGUAUGCUUCCCGGGUGAAUUUACACUGCUGAAUACGCGAAAAAGGAGGAAAGCGGGUGCUGAUCCCACUUUGUGUAUCGAGAACAGAAUGGGGGGACAGCGAGUCCUGUGGGAAAAGCAGUACACUACGGAUGGCCAAUGACACAAGAAAAGUGAACAACGAAGCCGUCGCACCAACGAACACGCUCAUCAACUUCUCGAGCAACGGCGGCUGCUCCGUUGUAGAUCAGGAAGGACCACCGCCUGGUAACCUAAACCUACGUAUCACAAUAGGUUCCCGUCGGCAGCUAUCAACCUAAGCAGGCUUCGAACGAUCACAGAAAUUCCACUGACCAAACGAUGAGAAGGCAUCAACGCUUUACCUGUAGGCACAUACGAAAUGCAUUUCAUCUGUUGAUCUUAAACAAGGCUUCAGCACUUUUGUCGUCUCUUUCCUCUUCUAAAAGAAAAGAUAUAUCAUCUCCGGUUUGCACGUCGGCUCGCUUGGGGAUUUCUGUCCAUGCCUCCCUCUCCGCGUCACCUGCUUCUUCCAUGAUCAAAAUAAGGUCAGUCAUGCUGGUACCAUUGAUAUCCCGUUCCAGAGACAUGUAUUUCACCUCAUUCGGAUUACGCGCUAGGCAGCGAAGGGGGAUUUCAAACGUUUUGUUCUGCGAGAUACUAUUUCCAAGCUCUACCGCUCCAAUCGCAGGAUCGACUAGAACAACGGGCGGUCCUACCAAGCUAUCGCUUGCAACAGUAAGAUGGAGGGUGCAGUUGAAAUAAAGGGUCCAUUCGCUGUCGGAUUCGCUCAUUGUUUGUAACAGAUGCUCGACUUCUUCUUUGGUAACAACCUCUCUCGGGACUGCAAAUGGUGCCGGACGGAAAUCCAAAUCCACGAUGACACCGUUGAUAUCGUUCCCAUUCCUGGUAACUAGGUACGUCGAGGACCGGGAAGCUACGCAACUGGUUGGAACCGCGAAUGCUUCUUUCCUAGUUGUCAAAGCAUGUCCUAGGGAAAGGUAGUAUUUGAUCGGAUCAAUCAAAUGCCCUCCUUUUGAGCUGACGAAAGCCGGUUUCUCUCUAUAGGUCACUUCAAGAUUUCCUUGAGAAUUAUUUGCUUGAACGCGGACCACAUCGGCCACUGCUCCCAUUGCGUUCAAGCGACGCGCCAUGUCUACCUUCAGCGCAAGUCGGCAUGUCGAUUCAUUCCAUGAAAAUGCUCGUGACCCUGCUAUUCCUUUCCAUGGUUUCAUCCUCCUGACUGCGCCAAACAAACCUGCAGCAACCGCGGCAGCGGCAACGGCCGCCAGGAUUCCCUUCCUAUGCUUACGGACGGCUGCCCACCCCUCCGAUAAAUAGGAUGGCCUGCUAGGUCCCUCCGGCGGUGACUCGGCACCUGUUUGAGGAGGUCUACCCGUCUGACCAACACGGCUGGAACUUCGCGCGCCGCUUUCAACGUCAUCAAGGUUUUUUGUACCAAGAGCGGGCGACUGUCGCAGGCUGUCUGGAACAUCUCUCGUGUGCCCACUGUCUUCUCCAUCCUCGAAUACAUCAGCUGUUGUGGGGGAUAGAGACGGAGGACGCCAUACGGCACCAUCCUCAGGACCACGGGAUGCAGAGGAGCCGGUUGAUAAUUUAUGAGAAGAAUAUCUCAAUCUCUGUCGAGACUGCCGUUCUUCUUGGACGUGCUGUCUCUUUCUCUCCAGUUCGAGGUCCCUUUCUGCGACUGCGGCAGAAAGUUGCUUGGCCACCUCUUCCUUCAUUUUUUGUACCUCGG